AUGAGUUCACCAGGCAGCCCGGGCCAGUUUGCAACAGCGCGGCGGGAUGAUCCAGCUUUAACAAUCUGCGUUGCAGGUUCCAUUACUGCUAUCACCUUGGCCUCGGCUGCAUAUCUUUGCUACUUGCGCUACCAUGCUGGCAACAACGGGCUUCAACAGAAUUUGGAUGAAUCCUUAAAUGGCGAGCAAUCCAACCAGCACUGUAACGGCAGAUCUAUUGGCAACGGGCCAAAUAGAGGCAGCCGAGGAUUGCCGGGCAAUGCUUCCUCGGCAACAUCCUUGGCAUCGAAGCCUCACGCACGCGUUGCUGGCGCUGCCAGGCACAACACAGCGGAGGAAGCUAGGUCUUAUGCCACCCGAGCAGCAACCCGUUUCAAAGGAUUAUUGGAUGGUUUCGUGGGCAUGUGGCGCCCGGCCGCUGCCUCGGCACCAGCCCCCUCGGAUGUCGUCAACCGCGAACGUUUGAUACCCGAUAUCACAGCAUUUGCUGCUGGCGCAGAAGCCGUCCAUCACCCAGAUCAGCUGAGGCCUGGCAGGGAUCUUGCAGUUGAAGAAGCUGGCCGCCUCGAUGCGCUUGUGCCCGGACCUCAGGGCUUGCCAGCUGCACCGGAGGGCUUCGCUGUAGAGGAAGAUGCUGCCAUAGACCCCGAAGCGGAAGAGGAAGCUGAGGAUGAUGCGGCAGGUGCAGGAGGGCAUGUGAACUGGAAGGAGCUCCUGGACGAAGUGGAGGACGAGCUGGAGGUGCCGGAUGAGUUCAAGGACCCAAUAUCCCUCAAUGUGAUGCUGGACCCGGUGAUCCUUUGCGCCACCGGUCAGGUGUACGAAUACACCACCCUCAAGAACUGGUUCCGUACGGGCAACAGGCUGUGCCCCAAAACCAACAUUGAGGUGCUGGAUGUCCAGGUCGUCCGGGUGCCCUGGCUCAAGGCUCGUAUCCACGAGUGGCUGCAGCAACACGGCCGGGGACCCACACCGCAACCUGACGCCACGGAGCGUCUAGCACGGCUGCACUCCUCCCUCGCCGGCUGGGUUCACUCCAUCCGCAACGACACAGGGGAGCGCCGGUCCGCCGCACUAGCGGACCUGUACGAGCUGCUGCGUCAGUGGGAGGUCGCCACAGUAGAGCCGCCAGAGGACGACACGGCAGCGGGUACGGUAGCGGUAGCGGCGAGCGAGCCGGAUUCGGCAGUGGGGGGAAGUGCGGAGCUGGCCUCGACUGCGGCGGCGGCGGCGGCGGCGGCGGCAGCAGAGCCGGCGACUGCAGGGCCGGGGGAUUCAGCGGCCGGGACGGCGGCAGCGGGUGCUGGUGCUGGUGCUGGUGGCAGCGGCAGAGGUGGGCGGCCGUGCAGUGCCGCAGCGCGCGCGGCGGCAAUGGAGAGGCUGCACCGUUAUGUGCGGGGAUCAGUGAUGGAUGAGGCGAUAUGGCUCCUCAGGUACGGCAGUCCGUACCUACAAGGUGUAGCAGCGUCCAUCCUGGCGUACUGCGAUUCCCCGGGGGAGGUCUCCUGGCUGGCGGCGGUGGCGGGGGUGCCCGCGGUGUCGCUCUGUAUGUCACAGAACCGCUACAGCAGCCAGGCCGCCACGAGGCUGCUGUACAACCUGGCCAGGGGGGGCCAGGUGGCGAGGCGGGUGUUGGUGGGGGCGGGGGCGGUGACGGCGCUCAUAUCCGUGCUGGCGACAGACAGGCAGGAGUACGGCUACUGCCGUGACCGUGCUGCCGCCACUCUGGCGCUGCUCAUUCGGGACACGGACGGCAAGUCGCUGCUGCUGCUGUACGGCCUGCCCCACCUGGUGGCCAUGGUCCGCAGCGGACUGGACCGCUGGGAGCAGCGGGACGCCGCAACAGUGCUGCUGAAGCUGGGGCUCGAACCGGAGAGGCUCGAGGACCUUGGCCUCACUUCCGACCUGCUGGUCAGCUACUGGUGCUGCAGCAGGGCCUGGCUGGAUGGCGCCGUGGACGACCCCACACAGGGCUAUCUGCCGGCGGAACAUCAGGUGUGCGCCGUUGUGCCGGCUCGUCAGGCGGUUGAGCAGCUUCGGGCAGGUACGUUGACCCACGAGGCCCUGGCGAUGCUCAUCGCCGAUCAGGACGCCGAUCUGGACCUCACCAACCUCGAUUUGGCGGACGCAGACGAUCCCUGGGAGGAAAACGCCCAUGUGGAUGAGGAGGCGGCCGUUGCCUGGCGGCUGGUGGAGGCGAACGCGCAGGCUCAGCUCAGCGCGGCAGCGGAACGCUCCAGGGUGGAGCGGCUGGUGGCGGAGGAGCGCCGGCGGAGGGACUCGAUGGCUGCGGGCCUGGCGGCGGCGGUGGCCAUGGCCGUGGCGCUGCAGCACGACGAUGGCCCAGCGGGGGUUGCGCAAGGUGGGGAAGAGGAGGAGGAGGAGGAGCAGCAGCAGCAGGCUGGUCCGGAGGCAGAGGAGGCGGAUGGGGAAGCGCUCGAGGGUGCGGAGUAUGCCAUGCAGGGCGAGGAGUACGAGCAGCAGCAGGAGGAAGAUGGGGGUGUUCAGAAUGGGCAGGUGGACGAAGGGGAGGACGAUUCGUAUGCCGUGAUGCAGGAUGGUGAGGGUGCGUGCAGAAAAGACGAGAACAGUCUCGGAACUGUUUUGAAAGUGGGUGCGGCGAUGGACGGGGCAGGAGGUGGCGAUAUGCAGGAAAGUGAGGCUGCGACUGCUUCUCAGCAGGAAGAGGCGGUCGCAACAGCUGGAGGAGCUGCUGCAGCUGCCACCGCAGAGGAUGAGAUGGCGGAUGCUAGCGCCCUUGGCGAAGGCGGCACCCGCGCGGACGGGCGUGUCUAA